ACGGCUCGUAAUUCUUACAGUGCCAUGUUGAAAACAUUUUGUGAAACGCAUUUAUUUGCUCCGCUGCUUUAUGUAUGCGUAUAUUACGUGUUAAAGCAACAAAGAGACAGUUAAACCUGGAUGGUGCUGUGUGCAGUGAGGCGACAACUCUUGAGGAGAGGCAGCAGUUGUGGAGACUGGGCUGGGCUGCUGCAGAGAUGGAGCAGGGGUUGUAUGUAUGCCAGCGUCCAUAGCUUCAACCAGGAGGAGAUCAGAGAGAAGCUGCGGGUCUUUCCUGGAGGCUCCAUUGAUCUGCUCAAACAGGAGUCUGGCAUCGCUGUGCUGACCAUCAACUACCCCUCCCGCAUGAAUGCCUUCUCUGGCAGUAUGAUGUUGGAUCUGGAGGAGAAGGUGAGCCAGCUGGAGAGUUGGACAGACGGUAAAGGCCUCAUUGUUCAGGGUGCUGCUGGAACUUUCUGCUCUGGAUCGGACCUCAACGCUGUCAGGGCCAUAUCUAACCCACAGGAUGGGAUGAAGAUGUGUAUGUUCAUGCAGAAUGCUCUCACAAGACUUCUCAGGCUGCCUCUGAUCUCUGUUGCUCUGGUGGAGGGGAGAGCGCUGGGAGGAGGUGCAGAGCUCACCACUGCCUGCGAUUUCAGGUUAAUGGCAUCUGGCAGUGUGAUCCAGUUUGUCCAUAAACACAUGGGCCUGGUCCCAGGCUGGGGAGGAGCUGCGCGACUCGUCCGCAUCGUCGGAAGCCAGAAUGCACUGAAGUUGCUUGGUGGUGCUCUAAAAGUGGAUCCCGAACUUGGCCUGCAGAUCGGACUGGCAGAUGGAGUCCUGGAGUUCCCCCAGGCAGAGGAGGGUGCAGAGACUCUCAGACAGCAGGCUGAAAACUGGCUCACUCACUAUACAAAAGGGCCUGCCCCGGUGAUCCAGGCUGUGAAGAAGGUUGUGUUGUCAGGGAGAGAGCUCCCUCUGUCAGAGGCGCUGAGGACUGAGAAGGAUGUAUUUGGGACGGUGUGGGGCGGUCCGGCUAACCUGCAGGCUCUGGCCAGCAAGUCCAAACACAGAUGAGGGUCUGCGAGACUGAGACAUUGUUAGAAAGUCCUGUCCAGGUCAAAUAUAUGUGGAAGAGAACUGCUAAAGACUGACAUUGAUAAACAUAGUGAGUUCUAUGGUGUGCUGAAGACAUUAACAAGAACCUGAAUGUGUUGCGUCUAAAAUGUGGACUCUGGGAAUGCAGAGACAAUGAUAAUGAAAGGGUCUCUGUCUUUGUAAGGACUAUGAACUUCACAUUUUAAUAAAUUAGCUGUGUCAUUGAUAAGAGAUCACCAGUUGUCAUAUACUUAAAUGGUUGCAAUGUAUUUUGUUUGCUAUCUCUCUAUGCGACAUACCUACUUGUCACAUGAGUAGGAGCUGUGAUUCAAAUAUAUAAACAGUGACACCGAUAGUGUGCAUUUUUGUUCAUUUAUUGCAAACAUAGCUCUGUGGGAAAAUAUGAAAUGAGGGCAGUGCUUGUGGGGAUGAAAACUGAAUGAACACCAUACAUAAAAACUCCACUGUCCUGAGGAAUGAUUUUGUUUCAUUAAUACUCUGGAGACUAAUCCUGUAUGGAGG